AUGCCACGGAGCGCAGAUUCACUAAAUAAAGAGGACCUGGCGAUAUUGGAAGCCUGCAAGCCUAGAGUACAGGAGCUACUUUUCAUAUACAGACUGAACCACGCUGCCUGUUGCAAGGUCUUGCGAAAAUUUCGGCUAACGAUAAAGGUUGAGGACUUUGGCCGAAGAGUUAGAAAAUGGGGCUACCGUAAAAACAAUAAUAGGUCGGACUAUGAGUAUCAUGCGCGAAAACAGCCAGUAUUCCUUUCAAGCCUUUCUAAUCGACAACGGGAGGACCUGGCGAGAAAGAAUCGUGGUGUCAAGCGGUAUAGACUCGACCUACCUUCCGCUAUUUCCCCAUCUGUGCGUGCGCCAAUCCCUCAGCAUGCUCCAGAAUUUCCUAUUGUAGACGACCAUAGUCCGUCUCCUGAGCUAGUACUAGCCCCAGAUUGGAACCGCCGUCAAUUUACCGAGCCUGAAUGGCAGAUAAGCCGGGCUCCGGUGCUUAUUGGCGACGUCUCGUUGCCUAGCGAGGCCAUCUGUACAGCUCUUAUUUUGCAACUUCAGAACGGAACCGCAGCUGAAGUGCCCUCAUCGGGUAUGGAAUUUGACGAAUUCGGUCUCUUAGGAACUUCUUCUCCAAUGCAUACACCUGUGCAACUGUUGCUUAACCAUAUAGUGGGUCAGAAGGUCCGCCUGGACCCACAAUUGGACUUAGUCAAAAGCUCUGGUCCAGCUAGCAUACCAGCCUUUGACACUAGAACCUUUAGAUCCUGGGACAUCCGAUUUCUGCAGUCAGUCAUAAACUAUACGGUAUAUAUAGCCAACAAUAACAUUGCGAACCCUCGAAAGGGUUAUGGAGCCGAUAAAACCGAGCGAACCUUUAAGAUGGCAUUGUGGCAUAUUGGAAACCAAGAGGAGUUUCGAACCUUGGUCACAUGGGUGAUCAAACAGUAUCCUACUGUAACUAGGAAGUUUGCUGAUAUGCUUCUGAAAAAUACUAUCCGAGUAAGAGAUAAGUCCAGGGCCGUCGAUAUCACCGCACUCGGAUCUGAAGAGGAUGUGGCUAACCAGGUUUUGAGGCACGGGAAAUCGUGGUGCGUGGACUAUCUGGUGGAAAAAAACAUAAUCUUCAAAGAUCAGAAUCCGCUAGGGUGGAAUAAGGUGAUCCCGAACGACGAGUUGUACGAACACCUGGAUACUAUUAUAACGGGGCCAAAAACCUUAACGGAAGAAACUGUGAAAAAGAUUUGCAAGAUAUUACAAAAUUCAGUCCAUGGGUCUUUAGAGAAUGAUCCCGGGAAGUAUUCGAUACUCCACAAGUACUCCGACUCCAACCAAGAGUACGAAGGUCGAGACCUGGGAACAAAGCUUUUCUUGCUCGCCUCGCACCUAAUAGGCAAGGAAAGGAACUCGAGGGGCUCUGAAACAGAGUCAAGCAGGAUGUACAGGCAAUUUGCUAAAUACAUGAUAAAGCACUGCAUCAGAGACCAUAAGAAGGCUUUUAUCAAUGCCAUCAGGCCCAUAUCCUACACAAGUCGCAUCAGCGUCGAAGCCGGGGGCAAAACAGACCCCCUGUUUAACACCAAACCUCCCAUACUAGACAAGAUUCACCCUUACCAAGGAGUAGAGCUCCUGAUGUCAGAAAUGGGCAUUGAUAUCGAUACUCAGUGGCCCAAUAACAGAGAUCGGAAAUACCAUGUACUUACGCUAGCCCUACAGCAUAGAUUACCACCUCACGUGGUUUCUUUUCUCCUCAAAGCGGGGGCUAGUGUAGAUAUCGUCGUAGGGUCGACGUCUAUAACAUCAUUCAAAAUUGCGGAAGCACAAGUUCAAGUGCCUAUGACCCCGCUCCACCAGGCUCUAUUCUCAAAGAACUUGGCGAAUUUGGAACUUAUACUCUCCCAAAAUCCAAGAGUGGAUGAUCCAAUCGUUUGUCUGUUGCUGGCUGGUGGAUUCAGGCCUCUUCGCCGCAGAGAGCUCAUAAACCCACAGAAUGUGCGCGGCAGUAGUCGAAUUGGGACUGGGAGUCCGGGGAGCGAGAGGGUCGACCAACCGGGAAAGAGGAAUCUUAUGACCAUUUUGCAGAGCUUCUUGCGGGAGCAAGCACAGGUGCUUUCAGAAAUCGCACAGGAUGAUGAGGUUUACGCAGUUAUUGCGGAUGGUAGGCAAGACAUCUUAGAGGAGCUUUUGAGAGCACGGACUGGUAGCCUCCCAUCCAGCGUCAUCUUCAAGGCGUUGAAAGACAAAAAACCUGGGAUAUUCAAAUUAAUGCUACCGGCCCGCGACCCAAACGGAAGCUAUAGCUCACGGAAAAGUGUUCUCGUUGAAGUCUUGAAAGAGCUCGAGCAGGACCCGAAAUUCGAUGAUAUUAUUUGCAUUCAUAACAACCACAAGUACAAAGGCAUGACUGCACAUCGUCCUACUCUGAUAUAUCAUAUAUGGGACGAAAUCUUGGAACACCAGAUUGAGCCUUCAAAGUGGUUAUGGCAGAGAAUGGUCACCCCAAUAUGGUGGUCAGCUGUCUGGGAUAACAAGCCCUACCAGCAGCGGUCUGCGGGAUUACUUCUCACAAUCAUGCGAAGGUUUGUGAAUCAAGAUAUAACAUUCGAUGUUGCUUUAAGGCAGGCCUCAGAUUACGCUAAGCCGCAGUUUCUCUCCGCGAUGAGUCAGCGAUUCGACUCCCAGCACGCAAACUGUUUCGAUCAAGCUCUCAAAACUGCCGUUUGGCUUGAUUGGGAUUUAACUGAGCGUAUGGGGAAUGGGCUUACUACCCUUCAUUUCGCCGUCGCAAUCUCUCGAAAGACUGCACUCUCCGUUAUCAGGCCGGAGAUCCUCGCGAAACUCACACUGGAUGAGAAAUCAAGGCUCUUCGUUCUUGCAACCUAUUACGGUCACCGGGAUAUCAUAGAAAUGCUUAUUAAGGAGGCCGAAGACGGGGACAGAGACUGGAGACAGAAUAUGACCAGUACUCUGAAAGGCUUCAAUCCCCUCAAACCACCUGAUAUAGAGCAUCCAAUCCAAGGUAUCACUACACCAUUGCAUGUUGCAGCGUUCCAGAGAAGAAAGGAUAUUAUAUGUCUCCUUCUUGAUAAGGGAGCGGAUGUUGAUAUGGUUGUUCCUCGUCAUAAAAAGGACGGGCUCAAGAGUACCGCCUUGGAUAUUGCUGCAGCCCAAGGAUCCGCUGACAUUGUUGACAUAAUCCUAAAAUACAACCCGAGGGCAUGGAUUGUCGCGGCUGAUAUCGCCUUGGAACGUCAUCACCCGGAGAUACACAAUACGAUCCGGAGUUAUGGAAUGUCCCCCCCUCCCCAGAGUACGCAUUCUUAA